AUGGCUCCUUCAGUAAAGGUGCCUGUACCGCCUAGUGCUCCAGAAAACGGCACCAUACAGUCACAGACGGCAAACGUGCCUUUAAAAGCUCCUGAACCAGAACACUGUCCAGGUCCAGAAUCAGAAAACGCUGGUAAAGGAGACGCCUGCAACGGAUGUGCCAAUCAGAGUAUAUGUGAGUCGCUUCCGAAGGGUCCGGAUCCCGAUAUUCCGGCUAUUACCGAAAGACUUCUGAAUAUUCAGCAUAAGAUCCUUGUGCUUUCGGGCAAAGGAGGAGUGGGUAAGUCUACCUUUUCAUCCAUGUUAGCAUGGGCUCUUGCUGCAGACGAAGAGCUCGAAGUGGGUGCUAUGGAUCUAGAUAUUUGUGGUCCUUCGCUUCCUCGUAUGCUUGGAGCAGAAGGUGAGAGCAUCCAUCAGUCCAACUCAGGCUGGUCUCCAGUGUAUGUUGCAGACAACCUUGGCCUCAUGUCUAUUUCCUUCAUGCUUCCUGACCCCGAUCUGGCGAUUAUCUGGCGUGGUAACAAGAAAAACGGUCUCAUAAAGCAGUUCCUUAAGGAUGUCAACUGGGGUGACCAUCUAGACUACCUUAUCGUGGAUACACCUCCAGGUACAAGUGACGAGCAUCUUUCCGUAACUACAUACAUGAAAGACGCUGGUAUUGACGGAGCGCUUCUUGUGACGACGCCGCAAGAGGUGGCUCUUUUGGAUGUCAGGAAAGAGAUAGACUUUUGCCGCAAGGCCAACAUCAAGAUCCUCGGUCUUGUGGAGAACAUGUCCGGGUUCGUGUGCCCUGGCUGCCAUGGCGAGCUGCAAAUCUUCAGGCCUACUACUGGCGGUGGAGAGCAGCUUUGCAAAGAUAUGAACAUUCCAUUUUUGGGCUCUGUGCCGCUUGAUCCCAGAAUUGGACGGGCCUGUGAUAGCGGCGAGUGUUUUUUUGAUGACUACGCUGACUCGCCCGCCUCGACGGCUAUUUUAGAUGUGGUGGAGAGACUUCAGGACCAGGUUGACCAAUUGGAGGUGGACCUCAACAAGCUCAACCUUGCCUGA